AUCGACUACUCCGACUUACGAUAAAUGAUAGCUACAGCGACUUCCGGACGUGUAGUUCGCAUAUAGAUUGUCUUUCAUCAAGACAUGAUUUGGAAAAUCGCGUUAGCUGUUUUUCUUCUGAUUUCCAAUAACGGUUGCAAUGCAAGAAAUAAUUUGUUUUUGCACGGCGGAAACGUAAAUGACGAUGAUCACCCGGUGCUACGAAGAUUCGUCGACGCAGCUGGCGGAAUAGGAGAGGCGCGCAUUGCUGUAAUAACCAUGGCGUCUGAAAUGGCAGUUGAAAACGGGGAAUUUUACACUCAAAUGUUUCUGGAAAUCGGUGCAGCAGAUGCAACUUGGAUUCCCAUCACAAUGGACAACAGCGCGGAUUUGGCGGAUGAUCCCGAAAUUGCUGCCAUGAUCAGAUCCAACACCGGCGUAUUUUUCGGUGGCGGUGAUCAAGGAAGAAUCAUAAACGGCAUCAUCCACCCUGAUGGUUCAGAUACCUUAGUGUUCGAGGCAAUCCGAGACGUGUUCGCGAUCGGGGCAGUCGGUGGGACGAGUGCAGGAACGGCGUGUCAAAGCGACGGAUUCGCCAUCGCCGGUGGACGAAGCUACGAGGCCUGGGCAAACCCGGUUUGCACUUCCAAUGACUGCGGCAACACUGAUGACUUGUCCUAUUACCCGUCGGGCCUUGGGUUCGCCUACAAGAUCAUCACUGACUCGCACUUCGGGGAGCGGGUACGCGAAGGCCGGCUCAUGAAGUUGAUGUUCGAAGCCAGGAAUCCCCAGCUCUAUGGCAUCGGGGUCGACGAAAGCACUGCUCUUCUGAUCUGGGACGUGGUGGGAACCGCCGGGGGUGUCACUAUCAUCGACAACUUCGCAGCUGAUUACGACCCAAUCGCUCCUUCGGCUGCUGGAGUUCGUUUCACCUACCUGACCGAGGGAGAUACAGCGAGCCUCGUUACGGGCAACAUUGAAAUCGCGUCUUGGAAAACGAAUUUAGCCGGACAGGAACUCCACGAUACUGCCCUGGAAAGUAACGACAUUUUUAGCGAAUCUAGCGGAACUCCAGGAGGCGAAUUCCGCUACGUGGCGACGCAACUCUUCGAUUCGAAGGUCCGAAGCAGCACCAGCGUCACUCACACCAAGAAACCACAAUUCGAGGUCAUCAUGAUCAAAGAUGCCAAUUCAGCGGGCUUCGGAGGAUAUUCUCCAACCACGUCUGAAUUCGUAAUUUCCUACGCGAACCUUCGAGUGGACAUUAGCGCAAUCUAAUGAGGACUUGAAGGAAGAUGAAAAAAGCUAGCAUCAGUAUUCCGAGGAACGCAUUUGCGAUUAAAAAUGUAUUUAAAAAAAAAA